UCGUUGGCAAAAUUCAUUGACACAAACGUGUAUACAAUACACCUGUUGCGCAACUAUUUUGAUUCCAUAUCCUUUUGAUAAGCAUAAAAUUUAAGCAUGAAGGUGUCAACUUUAGCUCGGGGACUUUUGGGCGCUAUCAAGUCCAGUGCCCCAGCAUUGACACGAUCGCAUUUUACUUAUUAUCCAACAAAGUUCUCAAAGGGAUCUGGUGAGGUGCAAAAGAUGAACAUGUUCCAAGCCAUAAAUAAUGCUAUGGACUUGGCACUAGAGCAAGAUAAGUCCGCGCUUCUCUUUGGCGAAGAUGUCGGCUUUGGAGGUGUUUUCCGAUGCUCUAUGAACCUAAGAGAUAAGCAUGGAAACGAUCGUGUUUUUAAUACCCCUCUUUGUGAGCAAGGUAUUGCAGGUUUUGCAAUUGGCGUAGCUAAUACUGGAGCUACCGCAAUAGCUGAAAUUCAAUUUGCCGACUAUAUAUUUCCGAGCUUUGAUCAGAUCGUUAAUGAAGCCGCCAAAUAUAGAUAUAGAAGUGGCGGCCUUUUUGACUGCGGCUCCCUAACGUUCCGAGUUCCUUGUGGGGCUGUUGGACAUGGUGCUUUGUAUCAUUCGCAGAGCCCCGAAGCCUAUUUUGCGCAUACACCAGGGCUACGUGUUGUGAUACCUCGUGGACCCAUCAAGGCUAAGGGAUUGUUGCUGGCCUGCAUACGUGAUCCCAAUCCUUGCAUAAUGUUUGAACCCAAAACACUCUAUCGUGCUGCGGUAGAAGAAGUGCCAACUGCAUCUUAUACGGAAGAAUUGGGCAAGGCGGAAGUAUUGCGUGAAGGAAAGGAUGUCACGCUUAUUGGAUGGGGUACUCAAAUUCAUGUGCUAUUGGAAGUUGCUGAUUUAGCGAAGAAACAAUUGAACGUUGAUUGUGAAGUCAUUGACCUCGUAUCAAUUUUACCUUGGGACACCCAUACUGUGUGCAAUUCAGCCAGCAAAACCGGCCGAGUUGUAAUUGCUCAUGAAGCACCUUUUACACAAGGAUUUGGAUCAGAGUUGGCAGCUUACAUUCAAGAAAAAUGUUUCCUUCGCCUAGAGGCCCCUGUAAAGCGUGUGACUGGUUGGGACACUCCUUUCCCUCAUGUAUUUGAGCCAUUCUAUCUCCCCGACAAGCAUCGCUGUCUAUCUGCCGUCAAGGAGAUCGUGAAUUAUUAAUCCAACGAUCUACAAACUAAUCUAUUUGAAACGGAUGCAUUUAUUUACAAUUUGUGUUUUUAAUUAUUCGUUAUUGUAUAUAACGGUUGUUGAAAAAUAUUAAGUUUUUAGUGAAUAAUUUACAUUGUUUUGUAUGUACGUAUGUAUGUAUGACAUUGUAAAUAUGUACAUUGUAAACAUGUUGUGUUUGAAACUACGCAAUAUA